AUGCCAUCAUUAUUUGGUAAAAGUCAAUUAUAUAAAUAUGAUGUAACAGUAUCAAAAAAUCAUUUUCUUGCUCUUGUACGUUUACCGGAUUAUUAUUUUCGCUUACCAUCGAACUCUUCUUCAUCCACAACAUGGCCAGUGUUUUCCCGUUCACAACAACAACAAACAAUCGAAUGUUUAAUGAAUCACGAUUCAUUAGCAAAAGAUUGUAUAAACUACAUUGUACAACGUCUUCAUAUCAAAGAUUCAUCUCAUGUUGGGUUAAGAUAUUACACCAAUGGACGUUAUUAUUGGUUAGAUCCCGAUUGUCAAAUCAAAAAACAAUUAUCAAAAGAUGAAUUAAAGCCAAUAUUCAAUUUUUCCAUCAUGUUUUAUCCAAUUCAGCCAUAUUCAAUUGUUGAUGAAAAAGCAAGACUUUUGAUAUAUCAACAAAUUUAUUUGAAUUUUAUUUCAUCAUUAUACACAAUUCCGGCUAAUCAAAUUGAUUCAAUUGUUGCUUGUUGUCUACAAAGUCUUUUUGGAGAUAAAUUUAAUUUUGAACAAAACAUUGGAUUUAUUGAAACGUUGAAAAAUGCUGUCGGUAUGACUGAUAAAUUACUUGAAUCAUUUUUAAAGUCAGUAAAUAAGAUUUAUUGCUCUUUGAAUGGACUUGAUCCAUCAGUAGCGAGAGAAGAAUUCAUUAAAGAAAUAUCAGAAUUAGAUUCAUAUGGAAUCGAACAUUUUCUUGUUAAAAGUACAAUGAAUACUCCUGUUUAUAUUGGCGUUAACUAUCGUGGUUUACAUACAAAAUCAACAGGUCAAAGUUCAUUUAAACUUGACGCAAACUGGGACAAUGUUAUAGCAAUCAAUUCAAAUAAACAACGUCAGAUAACAAUAUCCAUAAAUAAAAACAAUCAUCGUUCGUCAUUCAUCUAUUAUGCAGAAUCGGCUAAUUAUAAUCGAUAUUGUGUUCGUAUAUUAAAUUUAUUUCGUAAUUAUUUUCUUAAGCAUAAUCCACAAACUACAAUUAAAGAUAGAGUAUCAAAUGAUCACAAUAUUAUUUUGAAAAUAACAAAUCAGCAAUUAUUUAAAAAAAAUUCAUUAAUUCACAGUGUGCCUGAUCUUCGUUCCUCAUCCACCGAUGCCAAAACAACGCCCAUAUCAUCAAUAUUAUCCUCAAUAUCUUGUCAUUCGAACAAUAGUGCUGUGACAACAGGAAGUUUACCAAAUUUAUCAAUACAACUUUUAACAUUAACAAAACAAAAAAUAAAACAAAAAAAUGAUGUUUAUGCAACAUUCUCAGAUAAUCUCAAUCAAGUUCAAACAAAUAAUAAUGAUGAACCUAUAGUAUUCUCAAAAAAAGUUGCUGUUGAACAUCAACAGGUACCUUCUACCGAUAAACUUUCAUGUCAAUCAGAUUUACAAUGCCUACCACAAAUGAUUUAUCAACAGAGCGAUAAAUUUCCUAUCGAGAAUUUAAAGAGGAAUGAGUCAAUUCGAACCGACAUAAUACCACAUUCGACUUUAUCGUCUACAAAUAAUCGAACACAUCAGUUAGCAGAAUUUGUAUCAAAAGUAGAAUCUGGAAGUGUUUACGAUGAAUUUGAUUCAAUUCCGUUAUGUCGUAUGGAUACUAACAAUCUAUUUCAAGAUGGUCGAUUAUCAGAGAACGCGAAACGAAACAGAUUUGCCGAUGUUAUCCCAUACAAUGAUACACGUGUUCGACUUAUUCCCAUUAAGGAAAAUCUUCAUGGUUAUAUAAAUGCAUCUCAUGUCAAAAUUCGUAUACAGAAUACAAUUUAUUCAUACAUCGCAACUGAGGCACCUCUACCAUUAACAAUAUCUGAUUUUUGGAGAAUGAUUUCAUUGAAUAAUAUUCAUGUUAUUGUCAUGUUAAUUGGAGAUUUAAUUGAGAAUGAUCAACAAAUGUGUGCUCAUUAUUUUCCAUUGAAAAAAGACGAUCUGUUAAGAACAAGCGAGUUCGAAAUUGAACUUAUAUCAGAACAAAUACGCGUCGAUUUCAUUAUACGACAUUUUCGAAUGUAUGCCAUUAAUGGGCAACGAAUAAGAACAGUUGUUCAUUUACAAUACACAGCUUGGGAUGAUAAUCAAUUACCGUUAGAAUGCCAAUCAUUCAUUGAUUUUGUCAAUGAAGUUGAUUGUGUACGUCGUUAUUACGGUGAGACGAAUCCAUGUUUAGUUCAUUGUACAGCUGGAAUAGGUCGAACUGGUUUAUUCAUCCUCAUUCAUGUAAUGAUUCAGUGUAUUAAUUUUAAUAAGAAAGUAAGCGUAUCGAGUGUAUUGAAAGUAAUGCGAGAACAUCGAAUGUCAUUAGUUGAUCGAACAUAUCAAUAUGUGUUUGUUUACCGUUGUCUUAUUACCUAUCUUAAAUCAUUACGGCUUAUCUAA